GGCAGUCAGAUUGGUGAGCAGCUUCCUCGGGAUCCCAGCGUCCAAUUAGAAUGGACGAGCUCAGCCAGUGUGGAUACUAAACCUCUGCCCAGUCAGAAACGAGUGGAAAGAAACGCGAGCGAUAGGAGGCAAACAAUGCUCCUGCUCAUCUAUCUGCACUGAUUUGAACUGGGAUUUAUCCUUUUCCUUUUUUCCUUUAAAAAUCGGUAUUCCAAGUGAGAAGACCACUGCCGGGAUCAAGUCCACGCAAGCAGGGAAACGGUUUUGUCUCUGAAGGUCUACCGUAAAAACCGCCAUGGUCAUCUCGUGGCUCUCCUGCCUCGCCCUCAUCAUCGGGACCCUCGUCCCUCGGCCGUGCGUUGGUUGCCCGUCCGGCUGUCGCUGCUACAGCCUAACAGUGGAGUGCGGAUCUCUAGGGAUCAAAGAAAUCCCGCAUGGCGUCCCCUCUGUAACCGAGACCAUUUUCCUCCAGGACAACGCUAUAGUGCAGAUCCGUCUUCAGGACCUGACUCGCCUUGGCAGCCUUCAUUACCUCUACCUUCAGAAUAAUAGCAUCUCAGCCCUGGAGCCGGGGGCGUUCCUCAGCCAGGGGCAGCUGCUGGAGCUGGCCCUCAACGGCAACCUCAUCCACCUGGUCACUCCGGACAUGUUUCGGGGUCUGGAGCACCUCCGGAUCCUGUACCUCGCCGGGAAUCAGAUCAGUAAAGUGCAGGACUACACCUUCAGGGGACUGCAGCGUCUGCAGGAGCUUCACCUGCAGGAGAACAGCAUAGAGCUGCUGGCUGAGCAGGCUCUGUCUGGCUUGUCAUCUCUGGCUCUGUUGGACCUCAGCAGAAAUCACCUCCGCACCCUGGGGGCUUCGUCACUCAAACCGCUUGUUAGCCUGCAGGUGCUCCGUGUCACAGAAAACCCAUGGCGCUGUGAUUGCGCUCUCGGCUGGCUGAGAACCUGGAUCAGCGAAGACGGACAGCGUCUUCUGAGCUCUGCCGAACAGCGGCGGCUGAUGUGCUCUGAACCUCCUCGCCUCUCCCACCUCAGCCUGGUGGAGGUGGCUCCCAACAGUCUGGUCUGCAUCCCACCUGUAGUGCAGCUGGAGCCAAGCCACCUGACUGUGCGAUUAGGGGAGAGCCUCCGAGUCUCCUGCCAGGCCUCAGGAUACCCUCAGCCCCAAGUGACCUGGAAGAAAGCCUCCCAUGGCAAGGCCCAGUUAUCACCUCGAGGCCUGGUUCAGGAGCUGGGACCCAAUGGGGAACUCUUCAGGCCUGGAGCUGGAGGAGUGGUUACAGCCUUGCCCAGCAGUGGAGGGAUCAAGAUUGGAGGUGUUGGAGGAAUCCAGGGGCUUGUGCGUGGGACCGAGGAGGGCGGCGAGAGGGACAGCUUUGAUCCGGACAUGGGCAGCGGCAUGCUGUUCCUCAGCAACGUGACUGUUGCACAUGCUGGGCGUUACGAGUGUGAAGCCUGGAACCCCGGUGGUGUAGCCAAAGUCACCUUUCAUCUGGCUGUCAACAUGUCUUCUUCUUCAUAUUCAUCCCAGUUCUGGCCACGUUUGAACAUGCAAUCCGUUGUUUCCUCUUCAUCUAGCUCCUUCUUUCAGCCAGAGGUUCUGGACGUUAGCCAGGAGCUGCUCUAUGAACAGGACAGCAUGGACUUCUAUGCUCUUGGCCCUGCUACGCAGACCGCCAUUGCUGUUGGUAUCUCCUUGCUGGCACUAACUGCCGUUCUCCUGUUGAUAAUGAUCUACACUCGUCACCAGCAGUUCCGCAAAGAAGAAGGAGGGUCCUACUGUACCAGCAAGGAAGAGAGCAUCCUCUAUGUGAACGACUAUUCUGACGGACCCACCACGUUUGCGCAGCUCGAAGAGUACCGCGACGACCACGGCCACGAGAUGUAUGUUCUCAACAGAACCAAGCCUGUCAUUGGCUCCACUUCAUCCAGGUGUCCCAUGAUGAGCGGGUUUGUCCAGCAGAAGGGUAUGAAAGAGGCUCUCCUGGACCACGAAAUGGUGCAGACACUGACCAGAUCAGGGGGGAUGGGGCUUCGCAAAAACCCCGCGGACGGAAAUGAGGGACCCCUUACAGCAGACCCUGAGGAGCUCUUCCUCAGUCAAAGUCUACUCUUCGGAUCACAGGUUGCUUAUGAAAUCCAUUGCUAAAGGGUUUAAUAAUGUUCAAAUAUGAACCAAUAUGUUGAUGGACUUGAAUAAAGACAUAAAGGACCUUGGUGCAAUGAUUUGAAGCAUUGGAUUAUUAUGUGGUAUCAGUUAGUGGUUGUUGAGGGGAACCUGGAUCACAAUCAGCAUCUCAGAGAAUCUCAUCUGAUUGAUUGUAUUACACUAAUGGCGAAUUUCCACUACAGCGCGGAGCUCGCUUUAAGCGUGCCGUGCCCGGCCCGUUUUUGGUUGAGUUUACACUUAGCGUAGUACCGGCUAGCGGGUAAUAUUUCAUCGUUUUUCUGGCCCCAUAAAAUCGAGGUUCUUUCCGGGCCAACAACCAGGAUGAGUCGGGCUGAGUAUGCUAAACUAGAGAGAGAAUCGCUGGCAAGGGGGCUAC